AGAGUAAGUACAUGGAUGGGAUAUUUGGCGGUGGCGGCGGCCCCAAGGGUUACCAUGGCAACACCCAGGAUGACUCUGGUGGUUACUCUGGUGGCCCUGAUCACUCCGGCUCUCGGAAUAACCCUGGUGGCCCCAGCUCUCAGGAUGACUCUAGGUGGCCCCAGCUCUUAGGAUGA